AUGGCUUUUCCCUCGGUAGUUCUCGUGUGCUUGGCUGCACUGGUUUUUGCCUCCGAGGCGACACCUGUGGUUCACAGCUCCGUGGAUUCCAAGUGCCCGCUGAUGGUAAAGGUCCUCGACGCAGUCAGGGGGAGCCCAGCCACCAACAUGGCCGUCAAAGUCUUUAAACAGGCAGCGGAUGAGAGCUGGGAGCUGUUUGCCACAGGGAAAACCACUGAAUUCGGAGAGAUCCAUGAGCUGACCACGGACGAGAAGUUUGUCGAGGGCGUAUACAGAGUGGAAUUUGACACCAAAUCCUACUGGAAGGUCCUUGGCCUCUCUCCUUUCCAUGAGAAGGCAGAUGUGUUGUUCUCCACCAAAGACACUGGACACCGCCAUUUCACCAUCGCUACCCUCAUCAGCCCCUUCUCUUUUUCCACCACAGCAGUAGUCAGUAACCCGAAAGAGUAGAUGGACGUCACCCAUUUCCUUGGACUUCACGCAGUUCACGCUGUUCCGUUUUCACUAAAGUAGCAUUUCCACUUUAUAAACUGCAUUGGGAACUCUGGCCAAGUCAAUAAAUAUUCCCACAAAUGCACUUCUCAUC